AUGGAAGCGCUCUUACAACAAAAAGUUCUGGAAGUCGCGAAUCAGGUCGAAAAACAAAUCGACACAGAGCUUGAACAACUCGAGAGACUCGAUGUAGACGACCUUGAAAAAUUACGCGAAAAACGGCUUCGUGAAAUGAAGCAGAUUCAACAGCAAAAACAAAAUUGGUUGGCUGCGGGUCAUGGAGAACAUUCAGAACUCUCAGACGAGAAGGAGUUUUUUGAAAUUUCCAAAAAAUCUAAAAACAUUGUUUGCCUUUUCUACAAAGAUGAUUCACCAAGAUGUAAAAUUGCUGAUAUGCAUUUGAAAGUUUUAGCAAAGAAACACGUAGAAGCAAGAUUUUGUAAGCUUAAUGUUGAGCGAUGCCCAUUUCUAACAGAACGUUUAAGGAUUAAAAUAAUUCCAACGAUUGCGUUGAUAUCGGAUAGCAAAACAAAAGAUUACAUCGUUGGAUUCACAGAUCUGGGAAAUUGCGACGAUUUUUCGACAGAAAUGUUAGAGUGGAGAAUCGCUCAGUCAGGCGCCAUAAUGUACAACGGUGAUUUGAUGCAUCCUCCUGAGAAAGGAAAAAAGGCAUGGAUGUCGAAGGUUCAGAAGCCAAAAACCAUAAAAGGUCGUGAUUCCGAUGGUUCGGAUUCAGACUAACGUUGAAACCAAUUUUCCAAUGAUUUUACUGAGUGUUUUGAGAGCUUGAAAAAUUUCGCAUUUCAUUCAGCAUUCCAAUCCAAGGCACAGUUCAACAACCACUCUCAACGUCAUAUUUCUUUUUAGAAAAGUUAAUUUAUCAUUCUACAUGCAAAGAUAAAAAAUGGAGUCAAAAGACGGAUAUGUUGUUAAACAAUCAAUAUGACAACAUGGUUGUGCUGUUCGUGCAUUUGUAUUAUUUCAUAAUCGCUUUUCACAAGAUAAAAAUAUAAUAUUCAUUUAUUAAA